UCUACCGCCAAAAAAUAAAAAGAAAUUCUGUUAUAAUGUUGGCAUCAGGACGUCAUCAAGACAUUUUCGUCGAUUCUGUGUACACAACAAUGGCCGUUUGCGUCGCUGUUAUUGGGAAAGAUAAUUCUCCUUUAUAUAUUGGUGGAAUAGGUAAUGAUACCAGCACAGAUAACGAAUUAUCCCGACAAUGGCUUGUUCAUACAGCAUUAGAUGCAUUAGAAGAAAGACUCACCACUACUAAUAAUAAUACAUCUGGUUCAAAUUCAAAUACUACUCGUACUGACAUGCGUGAUUUAUAUUUGGGAUUACUCUAUUCCACGGAUACACAUAAAAUUUAUGGAUAUGUAACAAAUACUAGAAUCAAACUAGUUUUGGUUACGAGCUCAACAUCGCCCAGUGGCAGCAAUAUUAGGGAUGCUGAAGUACGGACUGCGUUGCGCAGACUGCACGCUUUGUAUGCCGAUGCUAUUUGUAACCCUUUUCAUUUGCCUGGAGAUCAAAUUACGUCGCAAAAAUUCGAUAAGCAAGUCAAAAAUUUAAUGUUGAAUAAUGUGUAAGUUAUUGGUCACAUAGAUUUUUAUUUCAAGUAUUUAAUAAGUGUAUUAGUUCAUUUAAAUUUUAUGAAAUAUAAUUAUUUUUAUUUUAAUAUUUUGAAGUGUAUUAAAGCAUUGUAUCUAUGUAAUAAUGAUAUUAAAAAUGUAGUAUUCAUUA